AUGGGAAUACGAAAAGAUAAACGGGUGCGGCAAAAUAUAUCAGAAUUUCUCAUACCGCUCUCUUUACCAAAAGAACGAUAUGAGAAGAGGCAAAAUGUGGAUUUUGCUAAGGGUGUAGUUGUGAGAUUUCUCGCAACUACAGUAAAUCCUCAAGGAACUGAGGAUGGUUAUGUUGUUGAAAUGUAUACAUUAGGGUCAGACUCGUGGAGAAGCAUUGAUACCAUUCCUUAUAUGUUUUCUUCUGCCCAUUAUGAUAGUAUAUCUGGGGUGCUUGUUAAUGGAGCUCGUCAUUGGUUAGGCGCUUGCAGGAGGUUAGCACAGGAAUUUAUAGUCUCUUUGGAUUUUUGCGAGGAGAGGUUAGAACGAUUGCAUUUGCCAGAGCAACUUUUGGAGAUUGAACAUUGGCCUAUAAACUUGGGAGUAUUGGAAGAGUGCCUCUGUCUGUUUGCUUAUGUUAAUAUACCCUGCGAUCAAAUGGAAAUAUGGGUGAUGGUGGAUUAUGGAGUUCAAGAAUCCUGGACUAAACAUUUGGUCAUCCGCCACCAGUUGUUUCUUGAAUUGGUUUCCUGGAGGGUCAUUGUUAUUUGGUCUUUUGCAGAUGGUAAGAUUCUAAUAGCAAGUUGA